AUUCUACGCAUUUUAAACCCCCAACCUCCCGUGACCGUACAACCACCUCGCUAUCUCUCUAAAUCUGUCUUAAAAAUUUUCUCUAAAUUCUAGGGUUUCUUAAUAUUAAUCACACAAACGAUAACUUAUCCCCAAUGGCGCUCAUUUUAAUUGUCGUAAAACCCUAAUAUUUCUCCUCCUUCUUUUGAGGUUUUUUUUUUUUUUUUUUUCUGUAAAUUUUUUUAGUGUAAUUAGUUACCAUGGAUGGAGCCGCCAGUAGCACCACGGGAGGCGGCGGCGGCGGCGAUCCCCCGACGAGUAGUGCACCUCCGCAGCCGGCUCCUGUUCAUAACGCGGCAAAUGCGCCGCCGCCGUUCUUGAGCAAGACGUACGACAUGGUAGACGAUCCGGCGACGGACUCGAUCGUGUCUUGGAGCCCGACCAAUAAUAGUUUCGUUGUUUGGAAUCCUCCUGAGUUCGCGCGUGACCUCCUUCCAAAGUACUUUAAGCAUAAUAACUUUUCUAGCUUCGUUCGUCAGUUAAACACUUACGGUUUCAGGAAAGUUGAUCCAGAUCGCUGGGAAUUUGCAAAUGAAGGCUUUUUACGGGGUCAAAAACACCUGCUUCGAGGAAUUAGUAGACGAAAACCUGCCCAUGGACAUGGUCAUCAACAGCCACAGCAACCACAUGGACAAAACUCAUCUGUGGGUGCUUGUGUUGAGGUUGGCAAAUUUGGGCUUGAGGAAGAAGUUGAGAGACUGAAGAGGGACAAGAAUGUGCUUAUGCAGGAACUGGUCAGGUUGAGGCAGCAGCAGCAAGCUACUGAUGGCCAGCUCCAAACCAUGGUGCAGCGUCUUCAGGGGAUGGAGCAGCGACAGCAACAGAUGAUGUCAUUCCUGGCAAAGGCAGUACAGAGCCCUGGUUUCUUAGCCCAGUUUGUACAGCAGCAAAAUGAUAGUAAUAGACGCAUAACUGAAGCGAACAAAAAGCGUAGGCUCAGGCAAGAAGGUGUUGCUGACGAUGGUGGUUCUACUGCUCCUGAUGGACAGAUUGUUAAAUACCAGCCUUCAAUGAAUGAGGCAGCGAAAUCGAUGCUCAGGAAGAUCGUGAAAAUGGAGUCUUCUCGGUUAGAAUCUUUUAACAAUGAUCAUGAUAAUUUCCUGAUUGGUGAUGGUUUGUCAUCAUCUAAUCGUGGGAGCUCUCCCAGCCGUGUAUCAGGAGUAACGCUUCAAGAGGUUCCUCCAACUUCUGGGCAGUCAUCUUACGUGCCAGCUGCUUCAAGGAUGUCAGGUCAUGGUCCUUCAGCUGCCAUGUCUGAAUCACAGUCUUCCCCACAUGUCACAUCUUCUGAAAAGAUCACAACAGAUGAAUUUCCUGAUAUUAGUAUGCUGGUUGGAGCUCAAGGGGAACCUUCCAUCCCGAUUUCACAGGAAGACAUAAUUAUGCCUGAAAUGCCAGAAAUAGCACCAGAAAGUAUUGUUGAUAUUCCUGGAGACAAUUACAUGGUACCCAAGAUGGGUAAUGGAGAUUAUAUGGAUCCGACUUCAUUGAUGAUAAAUGGUUCAGUGCCUAUAGAAAUAGAUGGACUUUCACCUGAUCCUGACAUUGAUGCUUUGCUCGACGCUUCUAGCUUUUGGAAUGACCUUUUGCAAAGCCCAGUGCCGGAGGAUGUUUUAUCAACCUCAGUGGAUGGUAAAACACAGGGAAAUGAAAUGCAGCCAACAGAGAAUGGAUGGGACAAAGUUGAGCAUAUGGAUCAGCUCACAGAACAAAUGGGUCUUCUUAAUUCUGAUGCAAAAGUGGUUUGAGCUGAAUGCAUAAUUGGCUCUUUCGAGAUCUGAGGUAAUACCUAAAGUUAAACCAGUGAUCCUUCUCUCAUGCGUUACUCCUAUUUUGUUAGUUGGAAACAGCUAUUUCUUCUUGUAUCUUUUCACUCUCUUUGUUGUGCUCAUAUUGAGACCUAAAAUUUACUCCUCCUUUUUUUUCCUCGUCUUUUACCUGGAUUAUCCUUCGCCUUGGUGUGGAGUCUAAACGGGUGUAGGCUAUAGAUUCGGAAUUUUCUCCUAUUGUACAGGUUGUUGCUCCCAGCCAUCUUUUUGUAAGGACUGACUUCUUUUAAUUACUUGUUUCUGGAAAUUCAACUAUAUUUCCCUUUAAUAGAAUUGGCAAUAUUACUGAUCUCAAA